AUGGAAGCUCUUUUCAAUCUCGGCAAUCUGCUGACGAUGCUUAUCACAGCCCUGGCUACGUGGGGCGGCACCUUCUUGUUCUACAAGCAGGAGAAACGUAGUAAAGACAUUGAUAAUGAGGCAAAGCAGAGUGAGGAGUGGCGAAAGCUCUACCUCGACUCUCAGGAGGACUCGCGCAAGAAGGAAGAGGAUUCUCGUAAGAAGGACGAGAAGAUUGAUGAGCUUCGCAAGGAGAUGUCUGACAUGCGCCGGCAGAUGAACAACCUGGAACGUCGAGUAAUCCUUAACAGCAUCUACCGAUGCAAUCGUGUCGAUUGUUCUAACCGUGAGCCUAAGCCAGACGAGACGCAAAGGCUCUCGAUGGAAGAACAAACGAUCAAACACUUCACUUUGGAAGAACUGACAGAUAGUGCUACUGCCAAGCGUCUUCAUAUCAAUAAUACUCCAUCGUCUGCCGAGAUCGUGGCUCUCACUGCUCUUUGUGUCAACGUGCUCGAACCUCUCCGCAAGCAUUGGGGUGGUCCUAUCCUCGUCAACAGCGGCUACCGCAGCCCUGCACUCAAUGCCGCAGUCAAGGGCGCAACGGCAUCGCAGCACAUGAAGGGCGAGGCAGCAGACAUCCGAGCCAGCAAGGCAUCUGACAAUAUGCGGCUCUACCACACCCUGCGCACGCUCUUCCCAUACGACCAGAUCAUUGCCGAGGAGUAUGACGUUGCCACUGGUCAGUGCGGAUGGGUCCACGUCUCAUUCCGCAGUACAGGAUGCCGAAAGAACGCCCUUAUCAAAUAUAAAGGCAAGAAGGGCUAUUUCUACUGGAAGUAG